AUGGCCGCCCUCGCAGCGCUCGAGCGCCUCGCCGAGGUCAUCGCCAAACUCGACCUCUCGGCCUACCUCGACCUGCUCUGGCUCGCCGCCCUCUGCGUCCGCUCCUUCGAGGUCGUGCAAGAGGUGCUCCUCGUCCUUCACGAGAGCCGGACGGCGCAGCAGGACGUCCCCGCCAUCGAAGCGUAUGCGCACAAGCACGCCCUGGCGAUCGUCUUCGACCGCGCAGAAGAGGCCGCCGACGCCUGUCCCUGCGACGAGCAGGGGCGUCCGCGGCGGCAGAAGACGGCGCCAAUCACUGCGAAGCUCCUUUCCAUGCCGGCCCCGAAGGGCGACGAGGGCGCGCCGGCGGACGCAGAGCCCGAGGCGCUGAGCGUGCCGAUCCGCGUCAUGGCGCACGUCCGCGUCGACCUCUCCGCGCCGGUCCGGCUGCACGCGCACGUCCGCCUCAAGGUCGCCUCGACGCCCGCACACUCAACGCUCCCCCCUGCGGUCGUCGACGCGAUCGUCGUCCGCGCGGGCCGCGGCGAGCUCGUGCUCGAUGUCCUCCAGCCUCUCCCGCCCGAGUUCGCAGACGUGGACUGGCACAUGUACCAGGCGGGUGGCGUCGUCACGUCGAAGGCCAUGCUCGAAGCCGUCCGGCGGCUGGCGGUGGAGGGCCGCGGGUGCUGCCGCUUCAAAGACAUCAUUUGCUCGGACGCCAGUGUCCAGGCUGAGGGGGAUGCCGCUGGAGCUGCUGCGGUGGACGACGCGGAACUUUCGUUGACGUCGCCCUUGAACGACAGCCAGAAGGCUGCCGUCGCGGCUACUGCCCUUGGGCGUAUGAGUUUGAUAUGGGGUCCGCCAGGAACCGGAAAGACCACCGUGGUCGUGCAAAUUCUCCUCCGUUUCCUGCGCCUCGACCCCGAAGCCCGGAUCCUCAUGACGGCGUCUACCCACAACGCCGUCGACAACGUGCUCGAGCGCUUCGUCGCCGAGAACGCGAAGCUCGGGCCGCUGCUGGACGACGAGCAGAUCCUGCGCGCCGCGACGGAGGCCGCACGCGUGCACAAGGCUCUGCAGAAGUACACCGUCGACGCGCGGCUCGGCGGGAGCCUGAACGAGGACCCGCGGCUCGUGCAGAAGGCGCAGCGGCGCGUCCGCGACGCGCGCAUCGUCUUCACGACGUGCACCGGCGCUUCGCUCGGCGUCCUCCGCAAGGCCGAGUUCGACGUCGUCCUCAUCGACGAGGCGUCCCAGAUCAGCGAGCCCGCGGCGCUGAUACCGCUCGUCAAAGGGUGUGGCACGGCGGUCAUGGUGGGCGACCAUGUGCAGCUGCGGCCCACCGUGCAGGCCAUGGGCAAAGCGUUGGAAUUCGACAGAUCCUUGUUUGAGAGGUUGUACACCGGUCCGCUGUAUCAAGACAUGACAAAGGACAUGCUAGAGGUACAGUACCGUUUCUCGGAAGCCAUCGCCGGCUUCCCCUCUGCAGAGUUCUACGAAGGGCGUCUGCGCACCGGGAACCCAGUCCAGGCCGCCGCCGCCAUCGCCAAGCUCGCCCUCUCCGCUUUCCCUUGGCCUAGUGCAGGGCCCGACGGGAGCAUAUUCCCCGUGGCGUUCGUGCCGUGCCUCGCGGAAGAAGACUACGGGCGGGCGUCGAAGAGCAACCGAGGUCAAGCAGACCUCGUCGCGCACAUCGUUUCGCUCCUGCGGGAGCCCCGGCAGCCCGCACCACAUCCCGCGAACGGCACUGCGCCCUCAGCGGACGCAGCGGACGCGACCGCCGCCGCCGCCGCCGCCACCGCCGAGCUGCAGGCGUCCUCGAUCGCGGCGCUGACGCCGUACGCGCGGCAGGUGAAGCUGCUCGGGCAGACGCUGCCCGCGGGGCACGGCGUCGUCACGAGCACGAUCGACGGCUUCCAGGGGCGCGAGGCGGACGUGGUCGUGCUGUCGACCGUGCGGAGCAACGCGGAGGGCGACCUGGGCUUCGUCGAGGACGCGCGGCGGCUCAACGUCGCGUGGACGCGGCCCAAGGCCGGGCUCGUCGUCGUCGGGGACCCGCGCACGCUGUGCCGCGCGCCGCUCUGGGACAGGGCGCUGCGGUACUGUCAGGAGGUGGUCGUGCGCCCGCCGGAGGUGCCCGAGACGGAGAAGGCUUAGGGACGGUUGGCUGUCUUUUGGGACUGGUACCUGCGGUGUCGGCUUUGUCCCGAGAGGCCUGCACUACUGUCAUACGAGAGACGUUUACCCGUUUUUUACAGGGCGUCCCCCCAUAUCCUUCCCGCGCACUUUUCCCCGAGUUGUUUAGUACGAACGAGUGCCGUAGCCAGGCAGAAAAA